UAUACAUUGUAGUUUUCUCAGAAAAACACCCAAUAAAUGGUGUAAUCAAACCAACAAGCUAUUAAUACCAAACGAGCUCACUCUUAAACAUGGACCACGUUAGUCAAGACACAAAAACGAAAAUCUACCAAACAUUCAACAGAAAUGACGAAAUGGUGCAAGACGACGUCAACAUCAUCAAAACUUGGAUGCAAACUCAACCCCAUCUUCCCGAAAUCCUAGAUGACGCCAGAAUCAAAAACUUUCUCAACCUCAACAAGUUCAGCAUCGAAAAAACUAAACAAAAAAUCGACAUGUAUUACACUAUUCGCACUCUAAUACCCGAGAUUUUUCAAAAAGGCAAUCUAAAUUUGGAAAACAUCAAGAAAGUGUUUGACGACUGGUACAUGUUUUAUUUUCCCGUGCUGGUCAACGACGUCCGUCGGGUGUACUACGUAAGACCCAAGAGAUUCAACGUCGUGGAACCUGUCUCUGUUUCGGCAGUUUUUUUUGCGAUGUAUGAAGUAAGGUUACGUGAAGACUUUAUAGUCGAUGAUAUUUUUAUUUUUGAUAUGGAUAACUACUCAGUCGGGGAUGUUCAAAAACUGACUCCGACCGUAUUCUCAAACUUUUAUGGAAUUUAUCAGAAAGUUUAUGCCCUCAGACUCCACAAACUUAUAUAUUUGAACUGUCCGUCUUAUAUGACUAUCAUUGUCACGAUUUUGAAAACGGUACUGAAGGCGAAAUUGUUUGCAAGAGCCGAAUUUUACUCCGAUGAUCUCGGAAUAAAGAAACUUUUCUCGAAGGAAGUACUCCCAAAGGAGUACGGGGGAGAUGGACCCUCGCUAGACGAACUAAAUGAUGUAAUGCACAAGAAGUUAGCCGAAUAUCAAGACAGAUUCGAUCAGUUGGAUGGGUUAAGGGUCGACGAAAACCUGCGACCAGAGAAAUUGAACAACGACGAAAUUUUGGGCUACUAUGGAAAUUUCAAGAAAAUAAAUUUCGACUAAUAAUGACAAUAUUAACACUACUUUCAAGAACUUGCACAUUUUGGUUAAGGGGGUCUGAUUUAAUGACUAUAGUUGUAUGUGUAUAAGAGGUCUAUUGAUAAUAAAUCUUGAGUAUUUACGAA